UAACCAAUUCAAUGAGUAGAUUUCCAACGGAUUGCAAGUAACGGAUUUCCAACGGACAAACUGAAAAUGCAUUGGACCAACUUCUUUAAAUACGAUGGUUCCUCUAGAAGAACAAAAGGAAGAUAGGGAAAAUAUCCCUUCUCUUGAAUUGGCUUCUUGUGAUGAGCUGAAGGAAAAUUACCUUCUUGAUGGAACGCUACGUAGACCCCAUUUAAGUUGGUGGAGAUGUGUCUUUCUUAUACUUGGCGACAUCAUGGGUGCUGGAAUUCUGGCGAUUCCUUACGCAUUGGCUACCAUGGGAUGGUUAUUGGGUAUUCUGUUCUUGGUUUUGAUGUGUUUGGUGUAUGUAUAUUGUGGUAUUCUACUGUAUCGGAUGAGACUUAUGAUACCGCAAAUAAGAACGUAUGGAGACCUAGGUGAACAGGUCUAUGGAACGAUUGGAAGAUGGGCAGUUUAUAUUGUCCAGUAUUCAAACCUUUUUUUGUUCUUACCAGUGUAUUUGCUAGUGAGCUCCAAAGCCCUUCGAGAGACUGUUAACCCAGACUCUUGCUUAAUCAUUUGGAUGUUCGUGAACAGUGGCAUUUUAAUUUUUUUCAUGCAAACACGUACUCUUCGUUUCAUUUCUUGGUAUUCCCUCUUCGGAACAAUUUGCAUAUGUGUUACUCUAGUCAUAACUGUAAUUCAGGAGGCUAAAGAUGCCAUAUCAUCCACGAGCCAUGGUCAACUGAUUAGUUCAGGUGGAUUGGAAAGAGGAAUUGCUGGCUCAGGUGAUAUCAUUUUUGCAUACUCUGGCAUCUUUGUAUUUAUCGAAUUCAUGGACGAAAUGAGAAAACCAAAAGAUUUUUGGAAAGCCAUCUAUACAGCCAACGGUAUUCUCUUCUUUUUCUAUACAUUUGUUGGUGUCCUGGGUUAUGCAGUGUAUGGGAAAUCAGUGGUCAAUCCAAUAACUUCUGCUUUGUCCGCUGGAUUGCUGAAAAGAGUGGCAAAUGCCUUCCUGUGGCUGCAUAUACUUGCUGCAUUUGUAAUUCAUGGCUUAAUCUUAAACCGUGCUAUAGCUCUCCGCUUAUGUAAACACUAUGUUGAUGAUUUCAGUAUCAUCGGAAUGCUAGCAUGGUUUUGUAUAACUCUUUGUACGACGGGCUUAGUGUUGCUCCUAAAUAUAUUCUUUCCUUACUUAAGCGAUGUUGAGUCACUAAGUGGCACAUUAUUUUCUCCAUUGACCGGAUUCCUUUUUCCUAAUCUCUUUUAUUGGAAAUGUAAGGGUUCAACGAUGAGUUGGAAGGAAAAGAUGGUAGGCUGCGUCAUAUUGGUUGUACUAGGUAUUGCAUACACUGUCAUCGGAACUUAUGGAACUAUUUAUUCUAUCGUACAAGACGCCAGCAGGACUCCGCUAUUGUACAAAUGUCUCUAUUCGUGAGAUGAAUGCCCCGAAAUAUCUUUUGAUAUAAAACAUAAUCGGGUUGA